UCCUCUCCUAGGCAGGAGCCUUUUCUUUUCUGUUUGGCUUCCCCGACGCUCGCUCGCUCCCACCUCCCGCAUCUCCCGACUCUCGUUUUUUUGGGUGCACCGGUAAAGGGCUUGUUUGGUUUCCCAGCGGCGCCAAUCCAGCGACAACCGACACCACCAAUCUGGGCCGCCAACCGCCAGCCGCCCGUCCUCGUCGCCCGCAGUGCCUGAACGAUUAGGUGGCGACGCUCGCGACACACGAGACACAGACACCCGCGGCAAGCCCGGCACCAGACCUGACCGGACGCCAGCACCGACGAUCGUUAAUCCGAACAAGACAGCAUUUUUUUCUUGGAACAACAUAGAUCCUGGGAGGAUUUUGUGGGAGAAUCCUGGCGUUUCUUCCUGGCUUGGACUGGUGCACGACCGUUUCGCCCAAUUCUCCCGUCAUCUCCAAGCCAACCUGCAGUUCUGCGCCCCACCGCGCCGCCAAUCGUUGCUCCCCGUUGUGUUGUGCAACAACAUCGACUGCCACCUGAAUCAACUUUCACCCUCCUCCUCAACAACGAAAGACCCCUCCGCCGACUUCACCGCUCAUCAAUUUCUCGCGCUGUGGCCGGCCACUCUCACUCUUGCCCACUCUCGGGACCUUGGUUUAAUACUUCUUUCUCGGGGCUGUCUAGCGAAGGAGUGCACCUCCACGCCCGGCCGUUCUCACUGCGCACCUUCCUUGUGGAGGCUUUGACCGCAGUCCCUGGCCCAAGAAGCGUUUCCAUGAGCUGCUGAUUCGCAUCCCGUACACAUCGCUUGCCAGCAUGUCGGGAUAUCAACAAGGCCAUGGCCAUGGCCAAGGCCCGGGCCACAACGACUACGAUGAUGGCUACGGCCACCAGGGAAACACCGACUCGUAUUACCAGGACGACCAGCAUUACUAUGACCACAACCAGAACAGCGGCAACCAUGGCCAGCAUUACGGCGAGGGAUACUAUGAUGAAUCUGGCUAUUACAAUGCCGACCCCAACAAUCCCUACCACCAGGACGGCGGGUACUACGACAACCACGACCAGUACCACGACGGUUACUACAACAACGAUGGCUAUUACGACCAGGGGUAUGACCGAGGCGGCUAUGGCAAUGGCCACGGGCACCGCAAUGGAUCGGAAGAGGAUUCCGAGACCUUCAGCGACUUCACCAUGCGCUCCGACAUGGCUCGAGCCACCGACAUGGACUACUACGGGCGCGGCGACGAGCGGUACAACAGCUACAACGAAGGCCAAAUGGGUGGCAGGGGCUAUCGGCCCCCUUCGUCGCAGAUCUCGUAUGGCGGCAACCGGUCCUCGGGCGCGUCCACCCCGAACUACGGCAUGGACUACGGCAAUGUGCUCCCCGCCGGCCAGCGAUCGCGCGAGCCCUACCCUGCCUGGACGUCGGAUGCCCAGAUCCCCCUCUCGAAGGAGGAGAUCGAGGACAUCUUCCUCGAUUUGACGGCCAAGUUUGGUUUCCAGCGUGACAGCAUGCGGAACAUGUACGACCAUCUGAUGACGAUGCUCGACUCCCGGGCGUCGCGCAUGACGCCAAACCAGGCCCUCCUCUCUCUCCACGCCGACUACAUUGGGGGCGACAACGCGAACUACCGCAAGUGGUACUUCGCCGCCCAUCUGGAUCUCGACGAUGCGGUGGGCUUUGCCAACAUGAAGGGCAAGGGCCUGCGACGAACUCGCAAGAACAAGAACAAGAAGGCUGCUGCCGGUGAGAACGAGGCCGAAGUGCUCGAGGACCUGGAAGGCGACGACUCGCUCGAAGCCGCCGAGUACCGCUGGAAGACGAGGAUGAACCGCAUGUCUCAGCAUGACCGCGUGCGCCAGCUUGCUCUGUACCUCCUCUGCUGGGGCGAGGCGAACCAGGUCCGCUUCAUGCCCGAGUGUCUGUGCUUCAUCUUCAAGUGCGCCGAUGACUACUUGAACUCGCCUGCCUGCCAGAACAUGGUUGAGCCGGUCGAGGAGUUUACCUACCUCAACAACGUCAUCACCCCGCUCUACCAGUACCUGCGGGAUCAAGGGUACGAGAUCCUCAAUGGGGUUUAUGUCCGUCGGGAGAGAGACCACAACCAAAUCAUCGGGUACGAUGACUGCAACCAGCUGUUCUGGUACCCCGAGGGCAUCGAGCGCAUCGUAUUCGAGGACAAAACCCGGCUGGUCGACAUCCCCCCCGCGGAGCGCUACCUCCGACUCAAGGAUGUCGUGUGGAAGAAGGUGUUCUUUAAGACGUACAAGGAGACGCGGUCUUGGUUCCACAUGCUCGUCAACUUCAACCGUAUCUGGAUCAUCCACCUCACCAUGUUCUGGUUCUACACAGCGUUCAACUCGCCGACUCUUAUCACGCCCAAUUACCAGCAACAGCUCAACAACAGUCCUCCAGCUGCGGCCAUGUGGUCCUUCGUCGGUUUUGGAGGCGCCAUCGCGUCCUUCCUUCAGAUCUUGGCGACGCUGGCUGAGUGGCUGUACGUCCCUCGCAGGUGGGCUGGUGCACAGCACUUGACCAAGCGUUUGCUCUUCAUCAUCGCCAUCUUCAUCAUCAACGUGGCUCCCGGCGUCUAUGUCUUCAUGCCGGCAGCCAACCAGGAAAAGUUCCUCGAGAAGCAGAACACCAAGAUUGCGCUCGUGCUCGGCAUCGUGCAGUUCUUCGUCGCCUUGGCUACCUUCUUGUUCUUCGCCAUCAUGCCGCUCGGCGGUCUGUUUGGGAGCUAUCUGACCAAGAACUCGAGGAGAUACGUCGCCAGCCAGACUUUCACGGCAAGCUAUCCGCGCCUCUCCGGCAACGACAUGGCUCUGUCCUACGGCCUCUGGCUCGUGAUCUUUGGCGCCAAGUUCGGGGCUUCUUACGGUUACCUGACCCUGUCGCUGCGCGACCCCAUCCGCUACCUGAUGCUCAUGAACGUCGACAGCUGCCUGGGCGAUACCAUUGUCAAGCAGUAUCUGUGCAAGUAUCAGCCGCAGAUCACCCUGGGUCUCAUGAUGUUCACCGAUUUGAUCUUCUACUUCCUGGACACGUACCUUUGGUACGUCCUGCUCAACACCAUGUGCUCGAUCUCUCGGUCUUUCUAUCUCGGCUCCUCGAUCUGGACACCCUGGAGAAACGUCUUCUCUCGCCUGCCCAAGCGCAUCUACUCCAAGAUCCUGGCCACCACCGACAUGGAGAUCAAGUACAAGCCCAAGGUGCUCAUCUCGCAGAUCUGGAAUGCUAUCGUCAUCUCCAUGUAUCGCGAGCACCUGUUGUCCAUCGAGCACGUCCAGAAGCUGCUCUACCAUCAGGUACCCUCCGAACAGGAGGGCAAGCGCACCCUCCGUGCUCCCACCUUCUUCGUCGCCCAAGAGGACCACUCGUUCAAGACCGAGUUCUUCCCCAGCCAUAGCGAGGCCGAGCGGAGAAUCUCCUUCUUUGCGCAGUCUCUCUCGACGCCGAUCCCCGAGCCGGUCCCGGUCGACAACAUGCCCACCUUUACCGUGAUGAUUCCCCACUACAGCGAGAAAAUCCUGUUGUCGCUGAGGGAGAUCAUCCGCGAGGACGAGCCUUACUCGCGCGUCACCCUCCUCGAGUACCUCAAGCAGCUGCAUCCUCAUGAGUGGGAUUGCUUCGUUAAGGACACCAAGAUCCUGGCCGACGAAACCUCGCAGUUCAAUGGCGAGGACAAGAGCGAGAAGGACACGGCCAAGAGCAAGAUUGACGACCUGCCCUUCUACUGCAUCGGUUUCAAGUCGUCCGCGCCCGAGUACACCUUGAGAACCCGCAUUUGGGCUUCGCUCCGCUUCCAGACCCUGUACCGCACCGUCUCCGGCUUCAUGAACUACAGCCGCGCCAUCAAGCUCCUUUACCGCGUCGAGAACCCCGAGGUCGUCCAGAUGUUCGGCGGCAACUCGGACAAGCUCGAGCGCGAGCUGGAGCGCAUGGCCCGUCGCAAGUUUAAGCUGAUCAUCUCGAUGCAGCGCUUCGCCAAGUUCAAGAAGGAGGAAAUGGAGAACGCCGAGUUCUUGCUCCGCGCCUACCCGGAUCUCCAGAUUGCGUACCUCGACGAGGAGCCGCCUGUUACGGAAGGCGGGGAGCCGCGUCUCUACUCGGCUCUCAUCGACGGCCACUCGGAGAUCAUGGAGAACGGCAUGCGGCGGCCCAAGUUCCGCAUCCAGCUCUCCGGUAACCCGAUUCUCGGUGACGGCAAAUCCGACAACCAGAACCACGCGCUCAUCUUCUACCGCGGCGAGUACAUCCAGCUCAUCGACGCGAACCAGGACAAUUACCUCGAGGAGUGCCUCAAGAUCCGCAGCGUGCUUGCCGAGUUCGAGGAGAUGAAGACGGACAACGUCUCGCCUUACACUCCUGGCGUCAAGAACCCCACCCGCGCCCCGGUCGCCAUCCUGGGCGCUCGUGAAUACAUCUUCUCUGAGAACAUUGGUAUCCUCGGUGAUGUCGCCGCCGGCAAGGAGCAGACGUUCGGUACGCUCUUCGCGAGAACGCUCGCCCAGAUUGGCGGCAAACUCCACUACGGUCACCCCGAUUUCCUCAACGGCGUGUUCAUGACGACGCGCGGCGGUGUGUCCAAGGCGCAGAAGGGUCUCCAUCUCAACGAAGAUAUCUACGCCGGCAUGAACGCUCUCCUGCGUGGCGGCCGCAUCAAGCACUGCGAAUACUACCAGUGCGGCAAGGGUCGUGAUCUCGGUUUCGGCUCCAUUCUCAACUUCACCACCAAGAUCGGGACAGGCAUGGGAGAGCAGAUGCUGUCAAGAGAAUAUUACUACCUCGGGACGCAGCUGCCGCUCGACCGCUUCCUCUCGUUCUAUUACGCCCAUCCUGGCUUCCACAUCAACAACAUGUUCAUCAUGCUGUCGGUCCAGCUCUUCAUGAUCUGCCUCCUCCAGAUUGGCGCUCUGCGGCACGAAACCAUUCCCUGCAACUACAACCGCGACGUGCCCAUCACCGAUCCCAUGUUCCCCACGGGCUGUGCGAACACCGAUGCUCUCAUGGAUUGGGUCUACCGCAGUGUCCUGUCGAUCUUCUUCGUCUUUUUCCUCUCGUACGUGCCCCUGGUCGUCCAGGAACUGAUGGAGCGCGGCGUGUGGCGCGCGGUGACCCGUCUCGGCAAGCAGAUCUGCUCCUUUUCGCCCUUGUUUGAGGUUUUCGUCUGCCAAAUCUACGCCAACUCGGUGCAGCAAGACAUCACCUUUGGAGGCGCCCGAUACAUCGCUACCGGACGUGGCUUCGCUACGGCCCGCAUUCCGUUCGGCGUGCUCUACUCGCGUUUCGCCGGGCCGUCUAUCUACUUUGGCGCCCGUAUGUUGAUGAUGCUGCUCUUUGCCACACUCACCGUCUGGCAGGCGGCCCUCGUCUACUUCUGGGUCUCGUUGCUGGCCCUGGUCGUGUCGCCGUUCCUCUUCAACCCUCACCAGUUUGCGUGGACCGAUUUCUUUAUCGACUAUCGCAACUACCUCCGCUGGCUGUCACGCGGCAACUCGCGAUCGCACGCCUCGUCGUGGAUCGCCUUCUGCCGCCUCUCUCGUACUCGGAUCACGGGCUACAAGCGCAAGAACCUGGGAGAUCCCUCCGCCAAGAUGUCGGGUGAUGUUUCCCGCGCCGCUCUAACCAACAUGUUCUGGGCCGAGAUCCUCUCGCCGCUUUGCCUCGUCGCGGUAACGUUGAUCCCUUACCUGUUCAUCAACGCGCGGACCGGUGUCCACGCCAACGAUCCGAGCGCCAAGGCGACGGCCUCUCUUCUUCGCGUUGCCAUUGUCGCCUUCGCACCCAUCGGUAUCAACGCUGGUGCCUUGGCCGUCUUCUUCGCCAUGGCCUGCUUCAUGGGCCCGGUCCUGAGCAUGUGCUGCAAGAGGUUCGGCGCUGUUCUCGCCGCCAUCGCGCACGGAAUUGCCGUCGUUGUGAUGCUCCUCUUCUUCGAGGCCUUGUUUUUCCUCGAGCAUUUCAACUUCACCAAGACGCUUAUCGGCAUGAUCGCGGUUGUCGCCAUCCAGCGCUUCAUCUUCAAGUUGAUCAUCACGCUGGCGCUCACCAGAGAGUUCAAGACGGACCAGUCCAACAUCGCCUUCUGGACGGGCAAAUGGUAUUCGAUGGGCUGGCACUCGAUGUCGCAGCCGGCACGUGAAUACCUGUGCAAGAUCACCGAGCUGAGCAUGUUUGCUGCCGAUUUCAUUCUCGGCCACAUCCUUCUGUUCCUCAUGCUGCCCAUCAUCCUGAUCCCGCAGGUUGACAAGCUGCACUCGAUGAUGCUCUUCUGGCUUCGUCCAAGCCGGCAAAUUCGCCCGCCGAUCUAUUCGAUGAAGCAGACCAAGCUCCGGCGGAGACGUGUCAUCCGCUACUCUAUCCUCUACUUCGUCAUGCUUGUCGUUUUCGUCGCCCUCAUUAUCGGCCCAGCCCUCGCCGGCAAGUACGUGCCGAACAGCGCCUAUAGCUUCUUCAGCGGCAACCUCGCCGCCCUGGUGCAGCCCAUCGACAAGUCGAACAACGAUACGCGGGGCACCCUCCAGACCGGCACCGCCGUCGGGGCGUCGUCGGCGCCAACCCAGACCGCGGGUGCUGGCAGGUUGCUUUUGCUUUACUAGGCUGGGAGGAGGCACAAGGUGGAAUAGAGAGGAGGGGGUGGGGGUGGGUGUUUUUGUACACUGUUUAAUCAGGUCGGCCAGCUAGUCAUGCCCCAGGCUACUCGGAUCUUGCAAGAGGAUACACUGCACAAGCGCCAUGACGGUUUUUGUGUUUUCCUUUCCCUUUUUACUCCUUCUCUUUUUAUUGUGUCUCUUGGGAACAGAAAUUCGGAGGCAGGCGGCAGGUGGGGCUUCGUAAACUAACUAACUGACUGCUUGUACUGUAUCUCGGUGUCUUGUGUAUCGGCUCUCCUAGUCACGCUUGUCUCUUUGUCUCUUGUUUCUUGGUCUGUCGCCGGGUGGGGUGGUUGGGGUUGUGGCUCCGAGGUAAUGCAUUGGCACAGUGAAUUGCUACAGUUAUUUUAUUUACCUAGUUCAUUGACUCUCUCUGCUUUCCGUCUCCACCCUUGUUCCUGCGGAUCCGGCUAUUGUCUUGUCUUGAGCCUCGAGUCAGGCAUAGCUGGCUUCUUUCUUCUUGUGCUCUGUGUGGUGCUUGCUUGUGUCGUGGGGGAUUGUGCUGGUCGUGUGGAUUCAUGGCCGGAAGGGUCGGGAAGGAGGUGUUUGGGGGGAGAGGGGGAGGGGGGUUUGUUAGUAGCUCGCUCAGGCGAGGUGAGGACUUUAAUGGGAGCGUCGUGGUUCAAUGAG